UGCAAUCCUGAGCCGCAGACAAUCACGAUCUUCGGUCAGGGCACGAGCCCUGUCUCUUCUUCAAACCUCACAGGAAUGACAGCUCCUACGAAAACAAAUCAGUAAACGCUGUAUUUUGUUUCUCCAAUUUGUUUUUUCUUCCCACUCGGGUUUCAGUACUGGAUGAGUGGCUGUAUAUUGCGUGCACGGUUUAAAAGAGUUUGAGUGUUAACCAUGACUGGGGUGUUUGACAGUCUCAGCACAGAUAUGCAUUCCAACCAGAUUACCUCGAGCGGUUACCACAGCUUGCACAAGUCGCAGGAAUCACCGACUUUACCAGUUUCUACCGCCACGGACAGUAGCUACUACAACGGCCAGCAACCGAGUCACUGUACAGGCUCGCCUUAUGGUCAGCUCGGUGCUUAUCCGUACCACAACAACGGCAUGGGCAGUGUCCAGUACAACACCAAGUCUUAUGAACUGGGUUUCAACAGCUCCUUCAGCACCUACAGCACGUAUGGCUCGAGCGCAUCGCCUACUCCUACUGACGCAGAAAAAGAGGAAAACGAACCCGAGAUUCGUAUGGUGAAUGGAAAGCCAAAGAAGGUGCGCAAGCCGAGAACCAUUUACUCGAGUUUCCAGCUGGCCGCCCUGCAGAGGCGCUUCCAGAAGACGCAGUAUCUGGCGCUGCCGGAGAGAGCCGAGCUCGCCGCUUCUCUGGGCCUCACACAGACCCAGGUGAAAAUCUGGUUUCAGAACCGCCGAUCGAAGUUCAAGAAGUUGUGGAAAAAUGGAGAGAUUCCGCCCGAGCAACACGUGGCUUCCAGCGAGUCUCCGCCGUGCCAUUCUCCUCCCGUCAACAGCGCCUGGGACUUUCCACCAAACCAGAGGAUGAACAGUGUGAGCUCGGCUUUAGCUCCGAGCAGCGGUUCUCCCAACAGCACUGCGCCUUCCUUCCUCACCAACUACUCCUGGUACUCAUCCACGAACUCAAGCGCGCACCUCCAAGCGAACGCGCUGGCGCCUCACCACCACAACACAGCUGUCAGCGCUGGGACGAUAUUUUGACAACAACGAAACGACUUAUAACAAAGAAGAAAAAAAGACUGGAGAAUUAAUUUCACGGGGAACAGAGAGACACAGAGAGAGAACAUUUCACGAAAAGCUUGAUGUGACUUAUAGGCCUCAGUUCAUUCGGAGAGAGAUGUAGGCCUGCCCUGUUCCUUGCUGCGCGUAAAACUGUUUUUCUUUCAUUCUUUCCCCCUUAUACACAGUCAUCGAGCAGACGCGGAAGAAUAAAAAGACAAUGCAAUUAUUUUUGUAUUUAUUUAUUUUGUCUCUGGAGGUGAUGGGGAAAAUGAAAGGAGAACAUAAUGCAUUGCUUAAUGAACCACUAAGAUCCAAAGCUAUGCUCUAAAAGGCUCUUCACGCCGGAGUGAACUUUAUAGCAGGAUGUGUUAACUUCAGAUUAUGUAGCACAAUUUCAAGCUGUAUCGUGCCUUCAAAAAAAAAAUAAUAAUAGAGAAUGACCUCACUUUUGUCCACCAUAAGAACGUAUUUUAAAUGUGCCCAUCUUUGUCAUUUUUUGUUUGCUUUCUAAGUUGUACAUAAGGUUAGUAGGAGAAAAUUGUUUCUGUACUUGUAUGUUUCACCGCGUCCUUCUGAGAUGUUGCCAUCAUUAUAGGCUUGUAGUUUUUAAUGUAGGUUGUUUUUUUUUUGUUUUUGUUUUUGUUUUUUUGGGAAAUAUUAAUGAAAAGCAUUAUCGUUAAGAACUCAAAAAGCUACUGAUUUUCUCCCAAUGCAAAUUCACAUGUAACCCGUUUUCUCGGAAAUACUUUUUGUUUAAUUUAUUUUGAUGUCGUAUGCUGAAUGAACAGUUCUGCCAUUCUAUGAAAAGCGUAUUUAAAUAAAAAAAUAU